GUGAGGGGACUGAUCCCUCAGGAGCACAUUUGGCUGUUUCCAGUGUAGGCCUACAAUAAGUUAGUAGGUUAGGUAACUUUAGAGUAGGAUGACUUGUGGCGAAGUACACGCAGCUGGUUUUACUAUAUAUACACAGUAGUAUACAUGUAGGCUAUCAGGUUGACUGUGCAGGUGCCAAAAUACACAUGGAGCUCCCAGCAGCUGUUCUACUGGCCGGGCAUCCCCUCCCUGCCAGCGCGCAGUGGUUCGCUCCAGUCGGCGUUCUGCUGUUGUUUAUCACCGCCCCGCUGCCCGGCGCGCAGUCGGAGCUUCAGCCCGGUUACCGAGCGCACACUGAGCAUCACCGCCUGCCCGCUGCCGUUUCUCCUCCUCACGCUCCAGCCUCUUUUAGCGUUUUUACCUCCUGCUUUGAUCCAUCCAGUACCUCCCUCCCAGUCAUCCAUUUGUCAGCCGCUUCCUUCGCCCGUCUCUCCAGCAUGUCGCUGAAGGUCCAGACCAGUAAUGUGACCAACAAGACAGACCCAAAGUCUAUCAACUCCAGGGUGUUCAUCGGCAACCUGAAUACAGCCGUGGUGAAGAAGUCAGAUGUGGAGAGCAUCUUCUCCAAAUACGGCCGGGUGCUGGGCUGCUCUGUGCACAAGGGCUAUGCCUUCGUCCAGUACGCCAGUGAAAGGCACGCCAGGGGGGCAGUGAUCGGAGAGAACGGCAGGGUGUUGGCUGGUCAAACGCUGGAUAUCAACAUGGCAGGGGAGCCGAAGCCCAACAGACCCAAAGGCCUGAAGCGCUCAGCAGCGUCUCUCUACAGUGGCUAUGAGUUUGACUAUGACUACUACAGAGAAGACUUCUAUGACAGGUUGUUUGAGUACCGUGGCAGGGUGUCCUCAGUCCCCCGGGUGGUGCCGGUCAAACGCCCGCGGGUGGCGGUGCCUCUGGUACGACGGGUCAAAUCCUUGCCAGUCAAACUGCUGGCGCGUAACGCCUCCGUCCUCCCCGCCAGCAACGGAAACAAACAGAGAUCAGUCAGAGGUACAGAGCUGCAGACAAUCAAGUCAGAGCUGACUCAGAUAAAAGCCAACAUUGAAGCGUUGCUGGGCAGACUGGAGGAGAUCACAGAAGACACACACAUCACCAACACAGAGCUGAGGAAGGCGGAAGAGUGUAAAAGCGAGGAGGCGUGGCAGGAAGGAGAGGAGUCGAGUUCAGAGCUGGAGGAUGAGGUGGAGCAAAGACAGAACAGUGAAGCUGAAGAGGAGGAAGAGGAGGAAGGAGAGCACACACAGGAUGACGUCCAUGACUGCAUGGAAAACAGUCGCCUAUCAUCAGAGAGGGACUCCAUUCAUCCAUGAGAGGUAGCGUGGACCAUGGGGGAAGAGACGGACAGAGAGAGGGAGACGUGGACAGAAAGAGAACUAGAUAACAGCACAGGAAGCCCAUCAAACAGCAGGGAGCCAGACACGCACACACACACACACAAUACAAACACACAGCAGAGAGACAGACUUGACACUUUGUCAGAGCCGCAGGCAGAUACUAAAUCAGCAGGGCACUGCCAGAACACAUCAUAAACUGAUGAGUUAUACACAUUAACACACACACAAGGGAGAAAAACCACAAAAUGAUGGAGACAGACUCGCUGCUGCGCCAGAACCACAGGGAGAUAGUUAAACAGUAGGGUGCUGUCAAAAGGCAUCUUAAACUAGUGGAUUUUACACACACACAGUCCUGUUUCCAUCACUUCAGAGGAUGUUACACUGACUAUGUUCAUUUUGUGGAGACUUACACUAAGCUUAAACCAAAUCUUCAGUCCACUUUUACAUUUCCCUUUCAGCCCUGCUUCUUUAAUCAUUCAUCUGCCACUUUUACGUUGUUUCGAUCUCUAUCCUCUUUUUCCUUUUUAGUCUUUUCAACUUUCUUUCACUUCCUGUCUUCUCUUUUUCAUUCUGUACAGUCCUUUUCCCACUGCUCACAAAACCCAUGUAAACUCGCGGCACCUCGGCUUUUGACGGCAGUGGGGAUGUAACAAGUGGGACAAAUGACUCUGCAAUCGACACGGGUCGUUAUCCGCUUUGCCUCAGCACAGCUCAGCUUGGAAACACGGGAAAACCAAACUCGACUAAACCCGCAAACAUGCACAAUGAUGUGCACAUCAUUAUCAGCAUCUCAGCCAUAGAUUCCAUCUGUUUUCAUUCAAUCAGUGCUCUAACACGGUUCAGUCUACACCAAGUGUCUAUACUUUGGAAGAUUAACAAAAUUAAAUAUGUAGAAUACCGGCGCACGUAUUUGACAUCACCAACAUGAUGAUGUCAAAUAUGACUUACCAGAGGGGGAAAACAAACUCGUCUGCUAGAGGACCAAGCCAGGUCGGUUGGCAGUGAGAAAGCCGUCAGAAGCCAGUUAAAGGCCGGUUUAGCCGGGUAUAAAAUAAAAAAAAAACAGUCAUGUAUACACAGUACUUUUGAUAGGAGCGCGGUAUAACGUUCUGUUUUGUGCCUCCUCCCCUCUCCCCUUACUUUAAAUGUGGCACAAGGUGAAGAGAAAGAAAUCACAAUGUUCCUUUGUUUUAAAAAGAAACCUCGUCCACAAACACUGUUGGAAAAAAAACUGGACCCACAUGAAAAUUCAAAAACAUGCCAUUAGAAGUACGUCAAGCCAACAGCCAGUGAAAUAAUCGUAACUGUUCAGACAUGGCUGUUAAUAGGAAGCUUAAAAAUAGUUAUUAUUGGACCCACUGGCACGGGAGUCUGUGGAACAGAUCAAUGUGGGAGCAUUGCCGAGUGUAGCGGUGACCACAUAAUGCAUUCUGAUGCCUCGGUUCCCCAGCGUAGCGGCCAAGUAACUGUAACUGUAAGCACAUUAAAAGCCUGUUACACCCAUCACCAGUUUAGCUUUAUGUGCCACUGCACAAUGUUGCCUGAUAAACGUAAAUAACGACACACACGCUCAUGUCACAAGCCCAAAACUCUGUUUUCCCAAUCCACACCUUUCAAAAUAUUUUCCAAAAGCUCAGUUUUCAGCAACCUAAAACACCGUAUGGACAAAAGGCCAAAAGGUUUUUAAAGAUACCCAUGUAGGUGUGGAGAGAGGGUCUUACACACACCUUGAUGAACAUUGUGCGUCCUCUGGAUCUUCUGUCUUCAGCCAUAUUCUACGGUGGCCCUGAGAGCUCAGUGCAGAUGCAACUAGACAAAACCCAAGCAAAUCAAAAGAACUUCACCAAUUUGACAACACAGAGGCAGCAUUUAGAAAAACACUGCUACUGCAACAUGAGAAAAUACACCCGAACUCAGAGACAUGCUGUAAAUACACAACACAACCAAAUACAGAAAUGCUACAGAAAGCACAAAAACAGCUCAAGUGUUUUUCUAUUUGGCCGUGUUUUCUCACAUUUUCUGAACCUGCGGUGCGCUGAGCGCUCAGGGCCACCGUCAAACUACUCACCACUGUUUUUCACCUUUACCUGUGACAGAAUGGGAACUUUUCAUUUUCUGUUGAUAAUUCAUGUGCUCACUUCACAACUGGUUUGUAAAUUCUGGUCUAUUCCUAAAUUUCCUGGAAGGAAACGUAUGAUUUGAUACUAAUUAUCGGUCAAAUUAGUGCGUGAUCAGUCGGUACACUUCCAGAUAUUUCUAGAUGGACAGAAGGUGAACUACACAUGCAAAAAUGUUAAAUUUAUCUACAAGCAUCCAAUUCAGCAUAAAUGAAAAGUCCAAUUAAAUAUUAAUUGGGGUUUUUACACAGUAACUUCUUAAUGGAAAUUUAUCUGGAAGCCAAUAAUAAAUAACU